AAACGAGUUAGACAUGCUUAGCCGGCCUCUUUUCAGAGCGCUGCCGUUUCAAAUCUCCUCGUAACGAAGCAAGAUUCGAACUUUCCAUCUUUUGGAAUUCACUUUCCCAAACAAAUUCAUUUCAAACCCAGCUGUAUAUUCAUUCAUUCAUUCAUUCGUCUUCUUUACUUUUACAAACAAGCACAGCCUUAAGGUCUUUAUUGAGAGCCCUUUCGCUUUCUUGUUGGUUCUUCCAUUGUUAGAAUAAUAUUAUUGGUAAAAAAAAAUUGUAGUGGUUAAGGAUUGGAACUAACUGAGAGACUGGACUUGGUCGUUUUGAGUUUACUUAUAUUUUCUCAAGUUUCCAUCUUUAUGAUGGCUGAAGAGAGACGGAGACAAGCAAUGGCGAGAAGAACUCCCACAAUUCAUCAUCUUAGCGCCUCCAUAGACGAUCUCGACUCUGAAACUGAAAUCAGCAAUUCGGAAUAUGCUACUUACCAAGUUCACAUACCGCCAACGCCGGAUAACCAGCCUGUAUCCAUGGAGUUCUCCUUACAAAAAUUAAAUGCUAAUUCCGAUAGAAGAGGAGAAGACCAGUACUUGUCUGGCUCUUUGUUUACUGGUGGUCAUAAUCGCGCUACACGGGCCCUUUCGAAAGAACAAGUAAUUGAAAGUGAAACUAGCUUUAAAGGGUCCUUUUGUGCUGUACCUGGUUGCAACAUGAGGACCAUGAUUGAUUCACAGGGUUUAGAAAUAAUCCCAUGUGAAUGCGGGUUCAAGAUUUGUAAGGAUUGUUAUAGGGAUGCUUUGAUAAAUGGCAAUGGGAUUUGUCCGGGAUGUAAAGAGGCUUAUGUUGAGCCGGAUUUGUCUGGGAUGGCAGUGGAUAACCGUAACAGGCAGGCUUUCAAUUUGGAAAGGAGUUUAUCGGUGGUCAAACCCACUGAGUCUCAGUUGGUAAGGAGCCAGGGUACCAAUGAGUUUGAUUAUAGUGAUUUUUUGUAUGAAAAUAAGAGGAGUUAUGGGUAUGGAAACGCUGUCUGGCCCAAGGGGGAUGUAAAUGGAGAUGGUGAAGGCGUUGGUGGCAAUACUAAACUUUUCAAUGAUAAGCAAUGGAAGCCACUUUCGCGCAAAUGGAGUGUAUCAGCUGCAGUUCUAAGUCCAUAUCGGAUCUUAAUCAUUCUUCGGAUGGUGGCUCUCGGAUUCUUUAUUGAAUGGAGGAUCACCAAUCCCAAUGAAAAUGCACUCUGGCUAUGGGGCAUGUCUGUGAUAUGUGAAAUCUGGUUUGCCUUCUCUUGGCUACUUGAUCAGCUCCCUAAGCUGCGUCCCAUUAAUCGGGCUGCUGACCUUGAUGUUUUGAAAGACAAGUUUGAAACACCAAGUCCUGGUAAUCCAUCAGGAAAAUCUGAUCUUCCUGGAGUAGAUGUCUUUGUUUCUACUGCUGAUCCAGAAAAGGAGCCACCUCUGGUCACUGCAAACACCAUCCUGUCAAUUUUGGCUGCUGAUUAUCCAGUUGAGAAGCUCUCCUGUUAUGUCUCUGAUGAUGGAGGUGCCCUUCUAACCUUUGAGGCCAUGGCAGAGGCUGCUAGUUUUGCUAGUAUGUGGGUUCCUUUUUGUCGAAAACAUAAUAUUGAGCCAAGAAACCCUGAAUCUUAUUUUAAUCUAAAGAGAGAUCCUUAUAAGAACAAAGUACGCCCGGAUUUUGUUAGAGAUCGCAGGCGCGUAAAACGUGAGUAUGAUGAAUUCAAGGUUCGCAUUAAUGGCCUUUCUGAUUCAAUCCGGCGACGUUCCGAUGCCUUCAAUACUAGGAAUGAGAUUAAGGCUUUGAAGAAGUGGAGGGAGAAUGAUAGUGAUGAAACCAUUGAAAGUCUGAAGAUUCCAAAGGCUACCUGGAUGAAUGAUGAAACCCAUUGGCCUGGAACAUGGACGAUUCCUGCUCCAGAGCACUCUAGGGGUGAUCAUGCAAGUAUUAUACAGGUAAUGUUGGAUCCUCCCAGUGACGAACCAUUAGCAGGUUCUGUUGGUGAUGGAAAUUCCAUGGAUAUAAGUGAAGUAGACAUUCGCCUUCCAAUGUUGGUUUAUGUUUCCCGUGAAAAACGACCUGGUUAUGAUCAUAACAAAAAGGCUGGGGCUAUGAAUGCCCUCGUUCGAGCAUCAGCCAUCAUGUCAAAUGGCCCCUUCAUUCUUAAUCUUGAUUGUGAUCACUACAUAUUCAAUUCCCAAGCUUUAAGAGAAGGUAUGUGCUAUAUGAUGGACAGUGGAGGUGAUCGCUAUUGUUAUAUCCAGUUUCCUCAAAGAUUUGAAGGAAUAGAUCCAUCUGAUCGCUAUGCCAAUCACAAUACUGUUUUCUUUGAUGUCAACAUGCGAGCUCUUGAUGGGAUUCAGGGUCCUGUAUAUGUUGGAACGGGAUGCCUCUUUCGAAGGACUGCCAUCUAUGGCUUUGACCCCCCACCAUCUAUAGGAAAGAGUGAUUGCUGUGGUUGCUGCUUUCCCCGUCUCAGGAAGGUUGCAACUACUCCUGCCAGUGAAGUUUCUUCAGAAGACAGCCGGUUUGGAGUGGGAACAUAUGAUGAUGAGGAAAUGAACAUUGCUCUUAUUCCAAAGAGAUUUGGAAACUCUAGUAUGUUUGUUGAUUCUAUCCGAGUGGCAGCAUUUCAAGGCCAGCCCCUUGCUGAUCAUCCAUCUAUUAAGAAUGGUCGACCACCUGGUGCUCUUACCAUGCCUCGCGAGCCUCUUGAGCCGGCAACCAUUGGAGAGGCAAUCAAUGUCAUUUCUUGCUGGUAUGAAGACAAGACUGAAUGGGGACAUUCAGUUGGGUGGAUUUAUGGCUCUGUGACAGAGGAUGUUGUCACAGGGUAUCGGAUGCAUGAACGGGGAUGGAAAUCUGUCUAUUGUGUGACCAAGAGGGAUGCUUUCCGAGGGACUGCUCCGAUAAAUCUAACUGAUCGACUUCAUCAGGUUCUCAGGUGGGCUACUGGCUCUGUUGAGAUAUUCUUCUCCCGCAACAAUGCCAUCCUGGCUGGCCCAAAGUUGAAGCUUCUGCAAAGAAUUGCCUACCUAAAUGUUGGAAUCUACCCAUUCACCUCCAUUUUCCUCAUUGUUUACUGCUUCUUGCCUGCACUUUCCCUAUUUUCCGGACAGUUCAUAGUUCAGUCUCUCAAUGUAAACUUUCUUGUGUACCUAUUGCUCAUCACAUUGACCCUUUGUGCCCUCGCCGUGCUUGAGAUCAAAUGGUCUGGAAUUGAACUAGAAGAAUGGUGGAGGAAUGAGCAAUUCUGGUUAAUUGGAGGCACAAGUGCCCAUCUUGCUGCAGUGCUCCAGGGACUACUGAAGGUGCUUGCAGGCAUUGAAAUAUCAUUCACUCUAACAUCAAAAUCCGUGGGUGACGAUGCAGAUGAUGAUUUUGCCGAUCUCUACAUCUUCAAAUGGACAUCCCUGAUGAUUCCCCCUCUCACAAUCAUAUUUGUUAACUUGAUUGCCAUUGCAGUUGCAGUUAUACGCACAAUAUACAGCAGCAAUCCCCACUGGAGCAACUUGCUAGGAGGUGUGUUCUUUAGCUUCUGGGUCCUAGCUCAUCUCUAUCCCUUUGCAAAGGGACUAAUGGGAAGACGAGGAAGAACACCCACCGUUGUUUAUGUCUGGUCAGGACUUAUAGCAAUCUCUAUAUCUCUACUUUGGGUAGCCAUUAAACCCCCAUCAACAAGUACAGACAUAGGAGGAUCUUUCCAGUUCCCUUGAGUCCCCAUUUCAGAAUGGAUAGAUAUACUGUUUUGACACAUUGGCUUUCCCAUUGUUUAUUAUAGGGGAAAUUUAUGUACAUUGAUACAUCCAUUCUUUUUUACACAUAUAUGGCUUAGAAAUUGAAUAAUAACACAUUGGUUUUCCUUCUUUAA